AUGAGCUGCCAGACGUCUCCAUCGUCUAUUUUCUCCCCGUCCUCUCUUUCCUCUGCAAUUAUCGCCCCCUCCUCCUCUCUCGUCCGUGCAUCGCUACCCCGUUCCUCUCCCCUUCCGCGUCAGCUCAACCUAAACUCGUCCGCCACUCGCUCCCAUGCUGCGUCCUCCGUUUUUCUCGGCGCGUUUGACGGCCUGCACCGUCAGAAGCUCCCCAGCAACCCCUCCUCCUCCUCUCUUUCUCACGCCGCGGCCUUCCACGAAGCUGCGGACCGUUAUAUUCAGACUCCAUCUCUCCCUGCGAGCGCCGCCGCCGACGCCGCUACUUGCGGCCGGCGCGCGGUCGUGACAGCGGUAUUCGAGCGUUUCACGGAGCGGGCGAUUAAAGCCGUGAUGAUGGCUCAGGCGGAAGCUAAGGUGCUCGGGCGAAAAGAGGUCGCGACGGAGCAGCUUUUACUCGGCCUAAUUGCGGAGGAUUUCGCGAGCGGCGGGAAACCCGGCGGUUAUCUCGGCUUGGGGAUGACUAUCCGCAGCGCGCGGGGCGCCGUCGGAGAAUUAAUUCGAGACGGUCGGCUGCCAGCCGCAGGGGGUCUCCCGGCCGGCAAGCCGGCGUCGGAGGUGCCGUUUUCGAGCGGCAGCAAGCGGGUGUUUGAGAAGGCACUGGAAGAAUCGCGGAAGCAUCGUCAUAACUUCAUUGCGCCGGAACAUCUGGCAGUGGCGCUGGUGCAGGUGGAGCAGGAGGGAGCAGCAUUGGUGAUGGCGAGCUUGGGAGUGCAGCAGCAUCGCCUGCACGAGGCAGCAUUAGCGCGCCUCAAGGGCGAGCUGGACCGGGAUGGGCGCUCCUCGGAAUCGAUCUCCAACCCGUCCUCGCGUCCCGCCACCAGCCCCACCAGUCCCGGUAGCAAGCCUCCUAGUUCGCCAGUCCGCAAGGGACGUGGGAAGAAAGCAGCGCAGCAGAGCGCGUUGGAGCAGUUUUGCACGGAUCUAACGGCCAUGGCGGUGCAAGGGGAGAUCGACCCGGUGAUUGGCCGGGAGGCGGAGGUCGCUAGGGUGGUGCAGAUCCUUGCUCGUCGUACCAAGAACAACCCGCUGCUGCUGGGGGAGCCGGGGGUGGGCAAGACGGCCAUAGCGGAGGGCUUGGCUCUUAGGAUUACCGAGAGCGACGUUCCGCGGUUCCUGCAGGGAAAGCGCCUCUUGUCGCUGGACAUGGGACGUGUGAUGGCAGGAGCCAAAGAGCGGGGCGAGUUAGAGCUCAGGGUGACCUCUUUGGUGGCAGAGGCGGUGGCAGCAGCGGGGGAGGUGAUUCUGGUGAUAGAUGAGGUGCACACGAUGGUGGGAGCGGGCGCCGUGGGGAGGGGCAGGGAUGGCGGGGGAUCGGGACUGGACAUCUCGAAUCUACUCAAGCCUGCCUUGUCCCGCGGGCAGAUUCAGUGUAUCGCCACCACCACCACCAGCGAGUUCCGCAAGCACCUCGAGAAGGACAAGGCAUUGGCCAGGCGGUUUCAGCCAGUCACAGUGGACGAGCCCUCCGAGGAAGCCGCCCUGGCCAUUCUGCAUGGGCUAAGGCACCUGUAUGAAGCCCACCACAAGUGCACUCUCAGUGACUCUGCCCUGGCAGCAGCAGUCACCCUCUCUGCGCGCUUCAUCCCCGAUCGCUGCUUGCCUGACAAGGCAAUUGACUUGAUCGAUGAGGCGGCCAGUAGGAGCAGGGUGGAGGGCAGUAAGGGGAGGAGGAGGCGGGCGAGUGGGGUGCUGGAGAGGGGCGCGGAGGAGUACUGGCGGGAGAUUCGCAUGGCGCAGGCUGCACACGAAGCGGCCCAUGCUCGCCAGAAUCCCUUCACCUCACUCACCUCAUUCCUCUCCCAAGACCACGUUCCUGCCGACACUACAACAGCUGCUGACGCCGCCGCUGCUGCUGGUCGGUCCAAAAGUGGCAUCACUGGCAGUGACAAGGAGGAGGGCCCACAUCUCCCUGUUCCCUCCAGCCCCACGCAGAUCACAGCGGAGCACAUAGCAGGUGUUGCCGCCCACUGGACGGGCAUUCCCCUGCAGCAGCUCUCGCUCUCCGACCAGCAGCACCUGGCAGGCCUGGAAGAGGCACUAGAGGCUAGAGAGAGGCAGCACUCCCGCUCACUCCAUCUCUCGUUUCCUUCUUUUUGCUGCUACUUUCCUCCCUCCCCCAGUCCCACUGAAAUCACAGCAGAGCACAUAGCAGCAGUGGCCGCCCACUGGACGGGCAUUCCCCUGCAGCAGCUCUCACUCUCCGACCAGCAGCUCCUGGCAGGCCUGGAAGAGGCACUAGAGGCUAGAGAGAGGCAGCACUCCCGCUCACUCCAUCUCUCGUUUCCUUCUUUUUGCUGCUACUUUCCUCCCUCCCCCAGUCCCACUGAAAUCACAGCAGAGCACAUAGCAGCAGUGGCCGCCCACUGGACGGGCAUUCCCCUGCAGCAGCUCUCACUCUCCGACCAGCAGCUCCUGGCAGGCCUGGAAGAGGCGCUAGAGACGCGCGUGGUGGGGCAGGGGGCGGCUGUGAGGGUGAUAGCACGCGCGGUGCAGCGAGCACGGGUGGGGCUGAAGGGGGAGGGGAGGCCUGUCGCGGCUCUGCUGUUCUCGGGACCCACUGGGGUGGGCAAGACCGAAUUGUGCAAGGCACUGGCAGCACACUACUAUGGAUCGGAGGAUUCCCUGAUCCGUCUCGAUAUGAGCGAGUACAUGGAGCGCCAUGCUGUCAGCAAGCUGAUUGGAGCGCCGCCCGGCUACGUGGGGUACGGCGAGGGCGGCAAGCUCACGGAGGCCGUCCGCAGGCGGCCGUUUUGUCUUAUUCUCCUGGACGAGAUCGAGAAGGCGCACCCCGACGUCUUUAAUCUCCUGCUGCAGAUUUUCGAAGACGGGCGGCUCACUGACUCGCAGGGCCGCCACGUGUCGUUCAAGAACGCCCUGAUAGUCCUGACCUCCAACGUGGGCUCUCAGGCCAUUGCGAGAGGCGGCACCCACCGCAUCGGCUUCCUCUGCUGCUCUGACUCUCCCCCUGCCCCUCCUGUGUAUGGCCAAAUAUUUAACCCCCUCCCACUCUCAAAAACCACCCUCCCUCCUCUAUCCAAUCCAGGGGCGCCACGUGUCGUUCAAGAACGCCCUGAUAGUCCUGACGGCCGCCACGUGUCUUUCAAGAAUGCUCUGAUAGUCCUAACCUCCAACGUGGGCUCCCAGGCCAUUGCAAGGGGCGGCACCCACCGCAUCGGCUUCCUCUCUCCAGGGGAUUAUGCGGCUGCUGAUGGGAAUGGGGGGAGAGGUGGCGGGAGAGAGGUGCGGGCGGAUGCGGGGCGAUAUGCGGGGAUGAAAGAGGUGGUGAUGGAGGAGUUGAAGGCGCACUUCCGGCCGGAGCUGAUGAACCGCAUCGACGAGGUGGUGGUGUUCAGGGCGCUGGAGAAGGAACAGAUUCGAGUGAUUGCCACCAUGAUGGUCAAGGAGUCGGCUGACCAUUUGGCCCUGAAAGGAAUCAACCUGGAAGUUUCCGAAGCACUCAUGGAGCGGAUCUGCGAAGAGGGGUACGACAGGGCGUACGGGGCGCGCCCGCUGCGACGUGCCGUCACGCGGUUGGUCGACGAUCCGAUCAGCGAGGCUGUGCUGGCAGCUGAGGGGAGCAGCAGCAGCGGCCGCAACCGCCACGUCAGCAGCAGUGACCUGUCGGAAUCCCUGCCGUCCGUUCCCUCCGUGCUGCUUCCUGUGAUCGCAGCUCACGCUGCAACAAAUGCCCCCACCCCUGCUGCUGACGCCAGUGCACCCCUUAGUGACGUCAGCGGGGUCAGGGAGGGCGCGUUUACACCUGGCGACACGGCACUGGUGGACGUGGGGCAGGAUGGGGAGCCUGUGGUGAUCCGACUGCCACGCCCUGAUGUGUGUGAGAUGGGGCUGUGCCUUCCCUUCCUUAAGCUGCCUGCUGCUGCUGCUCCCACCCUCUCGCUCCCUGACUAA